AUGAUUUGGUAUGUGGCCACUUUCAUCGCAAGUGUGAUCGGCAGCGCCCGAGGACUGGCCGCCGCUCAAGGUGCCCACGGCUUAAGAGAGGAACCCGAGUUUGUGACAGCUCGUGCUGGGGAGAGUGUGAUUCUGGGAUGCGACGUCAUCCAUCCUCUGAUGGGCCAGCCUCCUCCCUAUGUGGUGGAGUGGUUCAAAUUUGGAGUGCCUAUACCCAUCUUCAUCAAAUUUGGGUUCUACCCACCCCAUGUGGAUCCAGAAUAUGCUGGCCGUGCCAGCCUUCAUGACAAGGCAUCUCUGCGCAUCGAGCAGGUUCGCUCGGAGGACCAGGGCUGGUACGAGUGCAAAGUGCUCAUGCUGGAUCAGCAGUAUGACACUUUCCACAACGGCAGCUGGGUGCAUCUCACAGUUAAUGCUCCCCCCACCUUCACAGAAACUCCCCCCCAAUACGUAGAGGCGAAAGAAGGCAGCAGCAUCACUCUGACGUGCAUGGCUUUUGGGAACCCUAAGCCCACCGUCACCUGGCUAAAGGAAGGGGAACUCUUGGGUGACAAGAAAAAAUACCAGGUUACAGAUGGCAGCCUGACUGUUCUGUCCAUCAGUCGGAAUGACAGAGGUGCUUACACCUGCAGAGCGUACAGCAUCCAAGGAGAGGCCAUGCACACCACCCGUUUGCUUGUCCAAGGACCCCCUUUCAUUGUUUCCCCUCCAGAGAACAUCACCGUUAACAUCUCCCAGGAUGCCAUGUUCACCUGCCAGGCUGAGGCAUAUCCAGGCAACCUGACCUACACGUGGUACUGGGAAGAAGAAAACGUCUACUUCAAGAAUGACCUAAAGCUGAGGGUUCGCAUCCUGAUUGAUGGGACAUUGAUCAUCUUCAGAGUCAAGCCUGAAGAUGCUGGCAAAUACACCUGCAUUCCAAGCAACAGUCUCGGCCGCUCUCCUUCGGCCUCUGCUUACCUGACGGUGCAAUAUCCUGCCCGGGUGGUGAACAUGCCACCUAUCAUAUAUGUACCGGUAGGAAUACAUGGAUACAUCCGUUGUCCAGUUGAGGCAGAACCCCCAGUUACCAUGGUGAAGUGGAAUAAAGAUGGCCGCCCUCUGCACAUUGAAAAGUUUUCUGGCUGGAGUCUGAUGGAAGACGGCUCGAUCCGAAUCGAAGAGGCAACAGAGGAAACUCUCGGCACAUAUACCUGCGUGCCUUAUAAUGCUUUGGGUACCAUGGGCCAGUCCCCCCCUGCUCGACUGGUGCUGAAGGACCCACCCUAUUUCACGGUGCUACCAGGCUGGGAAUACAGACAAGAGGCAGGGAGGGAGCUGUUGAUACCGUGUGCCGCUGCAGGAGACCCUUUUCCUGUCAUCGCUUGGAGAAAGGUAGGGAAGCCCAGUAGAAGCAAGCACAACACCCUUCCGAGUGGCAGCCUCCAGUUCCGAUCCCUCAGCAAGGAUGACCACGGAGAGUGGGAGUGUGUCGCCACAAACAUUGUCACAAGCAUUACCGCCAGCACUCAUCUGACCGUCAUCGGCACAAGCCCACAUGCCCCGGGCAAUGUGCGCAUCGCUGUAUCCAUGACUUCAGCCAACGUUUCCUGGGAGCCCGGCUACGAUGGCGGAUAUGAACAGACAUUCUCAGUUUGGUACGGCCCUCUGAUGAAGCGGGCACAGUUUGGACCUCAUGACUGGCUCUCUCUUCCAGUGCCAGCUGGCCCCACUUGGCUGCUCAUGGAGAAUCUAGAACCAGAGACUGCCUACCAGUUCAGUGUCUUGGCCCAGAACAAGCUGGGCACAAGCUCCUUCAGUGAGGUAGUCACUGUGAAUACUUUAGCAUUCCCUGUCACAACUCCGGAACCCCUGGUGCUGGUUACUCCACCGAGGUGCCUCACAGCCAAUCGGACGCAGCAAGGAGUUCUGUUGUCAUGGCUUCCUCCAGCCAAUCAUAGCUUUCCCAUUGACCGUUACAUCAUGGAGUUUCGGAUAGGAGAAAGAUGGGAGAUUUUGGAUGAUGCCAUCCUGGGGAGCGACAAUGAAUUUUUUGCCAAGGAUUUGACUCAGGACACCUGGUAUGAAUUCCGGGUUCUGGCUGUCAUGCAAGACCUCAUCAGCGAACCCAGCAACAUCGCUGGUGUAUCCAGCACAGAUGUAUUUCCGCAGCCAGACCUGACGGACGAAGGUUUGGCCCGGCCUGUGCUGGCAGGGAUCGUUGCCACCAUCUGCUUCCUCGCGGCGGCCAUCCUGUUCAGCACGCUGGCGGCCUGCUUUGUCAACAAGCAACGCAAGCGGAAGCUGAAGCGCAAAAAAGACCCUCCUCUCUCCAUCACCCACUGCAGGAAGAGUCUGGAGUCACCGUUAUCCUCUGGUAAGGUGAGUCCCGAGAGCAUCCGCACACUGCGGCCUCCUUCCGAAUCCUCCGACGACCAAGGGCCACCGGGCAAACGGAUGCUGAGCCCCACCAAGGAGAAAGAGCUCUCCCUCUACAAGAAGACCAAGCGGGCCAUCAGCAGCAAGAAGUACAGCGUCUCCAAGGCGGAGGCCGAAGCCGAGGCCACCACUCCCAUCGAACUCAUUAGCCGUGGGCCGGAUGGCCGCUUCGUCAUGGAUCCUUCCGAGAUGGAGCCCUCUCUCAAGACCCGGCGGAUCGAGGGCUUCCCCUUUGUGGAGGAGACCGACAUGUACCCGGAGUUCCGUCAGUCGGACGAAGAAAACGACGACCCUGUGAUGCCUGCCUCCGUGACAGCCCUCAAGUCCCAGUUGACUCCUCUUUCCUCCAGCCAGGAGUCUUACCUUCAGCCACCAGCAUACAGCCCUCGAUUCCACCGGGGCCUGGAGGGGGCAGGUGUCCUGGAAAGCCGCCUCCAAGCCACGGGCCAAGCCAGGCCUCCGCCCCCUAGGCCGUUCCACCAUGGCCCGUAUUAUGGCUACCUCAGCAGCGGCAGCCCUGGGGAGAUGGACCCUCCGCCCUUCUACAUGCCAGAGGUCAGCCCUCUCAGUUCGGUCAUGUCCUCCCCUCCUCUGCACCCCGAGGGGCCUUUUGGCCACCCCACCAUCCCUGAGGAGAACGGAGAGAAUGCUUCCAACAGCACCCUGCCCCUGACCCAGACACCCACAGGGGGCCGGUCCCCUGAGCCGUGGGGCAGGUCCGAGUUCCCUUUCAGCGGCCUGGAGUCUUCGCCCAUCAUGUUCCCUCACCAGCUCCACCCGUGCGAAAUGGCGGAGAGCCUGCAGCCCAAGGCCAGUCUUCCAAGGGGGCCGCCACCUUCCUCUCUUCAGGUCCCCGCCUCGUACCCGGGCAUCCUGGCCCUGGAGGCGGCCAAGAGUUGGACGGGCAAGUCGCCCAGCAGGAGCCAACCUUCCGUGCCCGCCGCCGCCGCCGCCAAAUGGCAGGACAAACCUAUGCAAACCCUGGUGGGUCAAGGGCAGCUGCGACACACCAGCCAAGGCAUGGGCAUACCUGUGUUGCCUUACCACGGGCCGUCCGAGUCAGUCAGCCACAGCGGCACAAGCACAUUCGGGCUGGACACCAGGUGGUACGACCCCCAACCGAGACCUCGGCCCAGCCCUCGGCAAGCCAGGAGGGCCGAGCCCAGUUUACAUCAGGUGGUGCUACAACCUUCGCGGCUUUCUCCCCUGACCCAAAGCCCCCUCAGCUCCCGUACCAGCUCCCCGGAGCUGACGGCACGUGCCAGGCCACGGCCGGGCCUCAUCCAGCAGGCGGAGAUGUCCGAGAUCACCCUUCAGCCUCCGGCGGCUGUUAGCUUCUCCCGCAAGUCGACGCCAUCGACGGGGUCUCCGGCCCAGAGCAGCCGGGGAGGGAGUCCGAGUUUCCGUCCGGCCAUGGCCUUCACCUCUUUGGCCACGUCUGGGUACCCUCCCUCUCAGUGCCCCUCCCUGCCGGUGGAGCCCAUGGACGUCUUUGGACCAAUCCCCUCGCCGAGGAGGGCUGGAGAGGAGAUCCUUCAGCCAGAGCCGACACCGACGACCAGCUCGGGAAAACGUCCGUCUCCAACCCGGAGCGCUGCUGCACCUGAGAGACUCGAAGCUCUGAAAUACCAGCGGAUAAAGAAGCCCAAAAAGUCAUCCAAGGGCUCCUCGAAAUCAAAAAAACAAAUCAAUGGUUCUGCCUCCCAGGUUCAGCAACACCCUAACUCUCAGGUACUGUGGCCCGACGAAGCUGUCUGUCUCCGGAAGAAAAAAAGGCACCCUCGCCAGGACCCCUUUGCCCGCCUCUCCGCACUGAAGGAUGACCUCUGCCACCGGCAGGUCCCUGAAGACCAGACAGCCAUUCUCAACAGCGUGGACCAUGAUGACUCCAGCGGGCAUGCGACCUUGCUCUAGAGGAGCACCAGCCAGAGAAGGGACAAGGGGAAAGUGGGGGAAGGGGAAAGGAGAGGAAUGAUCUUGUGAUCCGGCAGAAACCCGUGAUGGAAGACCCUGAAGCACAGGUGUGUGUAGCUCUUCUGUUCGAAGGUGUGGGCUUCAGUCUGGGUAUCAGCAAGGUGGUGGUGGUGGUGGUGCUGAGGGAAUGUGCCUAGUAAGCAAUUAAUAGUGCACCUUGUGCACAUGAUUCUUGUGUGAUAUUUACCAGAAGAAAAUCCAGCAUCAUGCCUUUGAUUUUUUGCCACAGAGAGAUUGGCAUUAGCCUACAUUUAUCUUCAGUUGUAGUGCAAUCCAUGAGGACUGGAAACAUCUUGGUUUAGAGAGUGGAUGCAAGGUGUGGGGGGGGGAGGAAUCCCAGGUUAUAUUCAGAUUAGCUUUACUUAACUUUCCUGCAAAGUGACAGGCAAUGAAAUAAAUGGUAGCAUGGAGUUAUAAGGCGGAAGGAGAAAAACCUUCAAAGCGAUCGUCUUUUGUAAAACUUGGGCAUGGCUGAAACCUUCUCUCCAACAUAGCUUAAGUUUGACAUGUCUUUGAAAGCGGGGGGGAGAAUAUCAAUUUACAACUUGGUUUCAAAAUUAUACAUAGAGUGGGUUUUUUUUUUUAAAGAAAAAAAUAUAGAU